AAUCUGACCACCGGAAUGUUUGGUCCUCCCGCAUUUGAGGAAACACACGGCCCCGGAGCGCACUGCGUACAUCAACCAGUAUUCAGCUCCGCUCCGCACCGCCCCCGGGCCCUGCAAUCUGCGGGCAGCCAAUCGGCAGCGGCGCCCGGCGUCAGGCAACAGCGGCUUCCAAACACUGUUCGUCUCCCUGGCACCGGGACCAGCGCUCCCUUCCCGGGCUGAAUCGGCAGGAAGAGAGGCAAGGGUUUGAGGCCUAGUGUUCAGGGUCCUGACACUGGCGAGUCUGGACUUCAAGGCAAGUGUUCACUGAUCAGCAGGUCCUGGGGUUGAUACCAUCGAUCAAGACCUGAGAAUCAAAUUUGAACUCCAGAAGUUGAGGCCUGUUGGCUAAAGCAAAUCUGCAAAUCUUUGCGAGUCUGCUGGGUUAGUCGAAGCCCCAGUGUCCGCGAGUCCGAAUCAGAGGGUCUCUCCUGGAGUUGGAAGACAGUGAUGAAGUCAAGACCAUCUUUGCCUACAGUCAAUGUCUAUCUGAAUGAAGCUACUCCUGUUCGUGUUCAUAUUCAGAAACCCAAACUGUUGCCUUCUUUUGUGGAACUGAACACAUCAAAUGAACUAUUUGAGGAAGACUUGGACAUCUCCAGUAAAUCAAAAUGCGUGGCUGAAGACUUUGAAGCUGAACAGUCACGAAUAAGCAAUAAAGAUGGAGCUUUCUGGCAGACCUUUGAAAAGUUACAAGAACUGGACUUGAAAGGGAUGGAAAGAAAAGGUCUUGCUGAAGAGAGCAAGCUGUCAAAGGCACUAAAAGAAGCUGAAGCAACAUGCAUAGCUGCAGCAAAGCAAGUUGCAACACUAAAGAAUUCCAUUGCAGAGUUAAUGCAGCCAAGCAUGGAUUGUACCAGCAUACAAGUGGAGGUAUUGAUGCAAAAGCUGAUGAGGAGCAAAUCUGAAAAUAUUCAUUUAAAAAGUAAAGUCUUAAAAGCCGAGAGGAAUGCUAAAGAAGUUUCAGAGAUGUGCCAGAAAGAAAAGGAUAAUUCUUUCUUUGCAAAGCAGCUUUCAAAAUCCAUUGGAGCAACCCAAGCUCAUCUACAGGGACAACUUCAAAAUAAAGAGGCUGAGAGUGACAGGAUGUUAGCUCAGAUACUUAGGCUUGAGAGGACAAUAAUGGACAAGAGGUUACAGAUUGAGCACCUGAGGGCACUGAUAUCGACUGUGAAAGAUAAAAUUAAAGAGGACAAAACUGUCUUAAAGAAGGCAGCACAAACUCAAAAAAGAAGAGCAGAGAGAUUUGAAGCUGCCAUGGGAAACCUUAAUUCUCAAAUGAAAGACAAGGAAAUGAAAUUAUUGGAAGCACAAAGGACCCUUGAUAGCUGGAACAGACAGUACAGUGCAGUUGCAGAGGACAAAGCCCAAUUAGGAACUGAAGUCAUUUCACUUUCCGGGAAAGCAGAUGCUCUAAAGGAGCAGCUUAAGAAAACUACAGAAAGGGCCACAUGUGCAAGCCGUGAACUUCUGGACAAGCUGCACACUACCAGUUCAGAAAAUGCUUGUCUCUGCAAGGAGAACGCACAAUUAAGGGUUUCAUUAGCAGCUUUAGAAGAAAGGACAACAGUAACAGAAACAGAACUGCAGCAGCUCAAAACCAAAGCCAAACAACAAGAGGAAAUUGCUCUGCAAUACGAAACUCGGAUCCAGUUUUUACGGAUAUCAGCUGAUGAACUGAAGGGAGGUCUUGAAAAAGCUGCAGUGGAAAAGAGACGGAUGAGAAAAAAGGGAGAUACAGAAAAAUGGAAGGUGUACAAUGAAACGGAACCUCGUCUGAAGGAGCUGAGGCCCUUUCCUGAGCUGCUGAAGGCAGCUGAACAAAGGCUGCACGAGUGUGAGGAAAAGCUCCUGAGUCGCAAGAGAAGGUUCCCUGACUUAUCCAAAACACUGACUGAGCUACAGGCCAGUGACCAGAGUUACAGAGAAAAAUCCCCUUCGGAAAACUUGGAGUCCUUAAGGGAAGAGAAGCACACGUUGCUCCAGGCUUUGAAUGUUCUUUCCUGGAAGCUAAAGGAGGUUGAUAUACAAAACCAAGAGCUGAAUGAGACAAUGGCAAAACAAGAAGAAGCAGUUUUACUCAGCAACUGCCAACUGGAAGAGCGAUCAAGGGAAUCUGCAGCUCUGAGCCGGCAGUUGGAAGCAGCAUUACAUGAUGUCAGUGAAAAGGUUAGGGAGAUGAAAGACCAGGCUGCAGCUAGAGAACGAGCAUUUCAGAACAGGAUACUUGGACUGGAAUCAGAGUUAAAUAGGACGACAAAUGACCUGAAACUGCUUCAACAAAGCAAAGAUCAUGCUGAUCUAAAUCAUAAGAUGCAUCUGCAGGAGUUGAAUCUCAGCCUCGAACAAUCUGAGAAUCAGAAUCGGAGCAUCCAGAACUACAUCCAGUUCCUCAAAACAUCCUACACAACGAUGUUUGGAGACGGCGUACCAACAGAUCUUCACACCGAGCCGAUGCUUGACAAUCUUCCCACAACUCUUUCCUCAACUGCAUGACAAUCCUUCCAGAUGAGACGUAUCAAAAAUCAGGUUCAUUGAAGGUCAUGGAAAUUGCUAAUGAUGUGAACAUUGUGCUGCUGUCAACUAUGAUUAAACUGAAUACCUUAAAUGUUUUUUUAAUAACUCGAAACUGAUUUUAGUAAUUUAAUUUAAGACGCUUUAAUGGAUCCUCAUAAUUUUGUUCAUAACCUAUUCAAACAAUAUUGUUUCCUACUUAAAAAUAAGUUAAUCUCCUGUGCUGUCAACUGGGAUACAGAGUUCUAUAAAUAACAAUUUUCAUAAUCCUGUGCAUUAUUUUCAGGUUUAAAAUAUUGAUGAUGUAUAAGGUUUUGUGAAAUCAUGAGUUCAAUAUCAUCUUUUUGACUCCCUUUUGUAUUUGACAUUUUCCCUUCUUGCCCAUCUUUGAGUUUAUUGACAACUAGACCAGGUGGUUCAUCCUUCACCUGUCUCAAUUCCAUUGUGCUUGAUGGAUAUCUCCUAGGGCAGUAGCCUCUGCUCAUACCUCCCGUGUCUUAAAGCAAAUUGUGUCUUAGGAGUCAGAGACGAGACUGCAGCUGCUGGAAUCUGGGUGGCAUGGUAGCCAAACCAUUAGCUUAAUAAUUUACAGUGCCGGAGACCCAGGUUCAAUUCCCUCUGCUAUGCAUAAGAAGUUUGUAUGUUUUCCUGUGCCCACAUGGAUUUCUUCCUGCAUUCCAAAGAUGUAUGGGUGAGUAGGUUAAUUGGUUACAUCGGGUAGUGCAGGUUCGUUGGGCUGGAAAAGCCAGUUAUUGUGCUGUAUCUCGAAAUAAAAUAAAACCUGGAGGUUUGUUCCUGGCAUAUCAUGAGCUCCACACUUGCAUGUUUCCUGAGCCUGCAGUUGGCAAAAGGAUGAAAUCUGACAAACUCUUUCCCAUGUUGGCCACAUUCUCAAUGUAGUCCACUCACUCCCUCCGGAUCGAAGCUGUGGGAAACCAAGUGGGUCAAAGUUGCACCCAUCCCUUUGCCUUUGUUUCUCGCUUCUUCACACGCCCUCCUUCAGCUCCCUUUUUCUCCCCAAUGACUGGAGGUUUGGGAAAUCUGUAAAUGAAAAAAAGAUUGGAAAAGAGCAGACCAGGCAGCAUUGUUGGGGUGGGGUGAGGUGCUGGAAAUCUGGAUCAACACACAAAAAGCUGGAGGAACUCAGUGAGUCAGGCAUAAAGUGAGUGAGAACAGUCUUUGCCCCAGAGUAGGGGAGAACAAAGCUAGGAACCAUUCAUUUAGAAGUAAAGGAGAAGGAUUUAAAUGCAACCUGAGGGGAAGAUUUUUCACACAGAGGGUGGUGAAUAUAUGGAAUGAACUGCCAGAGGAAGUGGUUGAGGCAAGUACAAUUACGUCAUUUAAGAAACACUUGGACCGAAUGCAGGAAGUUGGCACUGGCUAGGUGGGCACUGUGGUCAGCACGGUCUGGUGAGCCAAACAGCUUGUAUCCAAGCUUUAUUGCUCUAUGACUCUAGACUGUAUCACAGUUGAAAGUUACUGAUUUUUAAAUUUGCCUUGGGUAUGUCUGCACCUUGCAAUAAUUAAUUCUUUGGAAGUAAUGUUUUGGCUGGAAUAUUGUUUGAGAUAUUUUGAGGAUGUACAAAGUGCUAAAUAAAUACAAAUAAUUAUCCUAAGCAUACUGACAAAACAUUCAGGUAUUCUUAGACAUAAGGGAUUCUGCAGAUGCUGGAAAUCCAAAGCAACAUGCACAAAAUUCUGGAGGAACUCAGAAGGUUAGGCAGCAGCUAUGGAAAGGAAUAAACAGUUGACCUUUCAAGCCAACACCCCUCAUCAGAACUGGAAAAGAAGGGGAAGAAGCUUCAAUAUGAAGAUGGGGAGGGAAGGAAAAGAGCUUUGUUGAGCUCUGUCUGCAACAACCAGGAAUUCCUGGUGGCCAACCAUUUUAAUUCCACUGCCCAUUCCCAUUCUGACAUGUCAGUCCAUGUCUUCCUCUACUGCCAUGAUGAAGCCCCUCUCGGGAUGAAGGAGUAGCUCCUCAUAUUUCAUCUGGGUAGCCUCCAACCCGAUGGUGUGAACAUCAAUUUCUCUAAUUUCAGGUUGUUUCUCACCGCUCCCCCUCCUCUACUUUUCCAUUCCUCAUUCUGGCUGCUUACCUUUUCUCUUCUCCUCACCUGCCUGCAGCACCCCCUGGUGCCCUCCUGUUCCCCUUUCUCCCAUGGUCCAUUCGCCACUUCUAUCAGACUACGUCUUCUCCAACCCUUUACUUCAUCCACCUAACACCUCCCCGCUUCUUACUUUAUCCUUUCCGCGCCCAUCCACCUGGUUUCACCAUCACCUUCCAACUCGUACUGCUUCCCCUCCCCACCUUCUUCUUCCCCCUUCCCUUCCAAUCCUGAUGAAGGGUUUCAGCCCAAAAUAUUGACUCCUUAUUCCUUCCCAUGGAUGCUGCCUGACUUGCUGAGUUCCCUCUGCAUUUUGCAGGUAUUCCUAGAACAAGCUGGUAAAUUGACAAAAACUAAAGGCUGAACUGAGUGACAGUGAUAGGACAGGGUGGGAAUGAUUAUUUAAUUUCUCUGUCAUUCAGCUCUGGGACCUGUAUUGCUUUGUCUAACUGAGACUGAAUUAGAAGACAUAAUUAGCAAAUAUACACUGUCAUUAAAUCAGAAAUUCCUUUUAUACAUCUUGUUCCCUCCACCCUGAUAAUUCUGCCUAAAUAUUGAUGGCUAUGACAGACAUAUUCGCUCACCCACAUCCAGCCUCACUGGCUAUGCGAUAUUGUGUUGUUCCUUUCUGAUUGCCCCCUAAUACUAUUAUCUAGACAUCAUAGACAAAAUACAGCAGAAAAUCAGGCUGUUGGGCCCAGCUCUUCCAUGCCAAACCAUUUAAACUGCCUCGUCCCAUUGACCUGCACCAGAACCAGAGCCCUCCAUACCCCUACCAUCCAUGUACCUAUCCAAACUUCUCUUAAACAACAUCAAGUUCAAAUGCACCACUUGCGCUGGCAGCUCAUUCCACACUCUCACCACCCUCCGAGUGAAGAAAUUUCCCCUCAUGUUCCCCUUAAACUUUUCACCUUUCAUCCUUAACCCAUGACCUCUAGUGGAAAAAUAAAAAGCCUGCUUGCAUUUACCUUAUCUAUACCUCUCAUAAUUUUGUAUACCUCUACCAAAUCUCUUCUCAAUCUUCUACGUUCCAAGGAAUAAAGUCCUAACCUAUUCGAUCUUCCUUAUAACUCAAGUCCUCCAGACCCAGCAACAUCCUUGUAAAUUUUCUCUGUACUCUUUCAGCAUUAUUUACAUCUUUCCUGUAGAUAGAUGACCAAAGGUGCGGCAUUACAAUGGAACUUAACAGCGACUCCUUUUCAAGCUCAUCUGUGGAAACAGCUUAAUUUCUACCUUUAAUGUCUCUCAUUUUCCUUUUCAAGGUUGACGGGGUUCUGUUGGAGCCCCUGACCUGGAGCUACACUCAAACUUCAGUUCUUUGCAGCAGUGGGACCUGUUCACAGGGGCUCAUCACCAGCUGCUUUUGAUACCCCGAAGACGCGGCCUAGAAGACAAGCACGCCUUCGGGGAUCCGAGAGUUUGCGGCCCUGUGGAUGAGCCGGCUCUGUGCCAGUACCACCAACUGAAGCACUGCUGGAGAAAAUGGAACAUCAGGAUCAGCUGUUGGAAGCUCAGCAAAUCUUCCUCCUCUCUCCAAUUCUUGAGUCGGAGAACUUCGAGAAAGAAAGCGACGCAGCAAAUCAGCGAGUUCUUUUGUUAUGUCUGCCCUCUUGCUGUGAAAGGGUGACACCUCUUUGUUUCUUUAUUGGGGAGAGAGAGAGAGAGCCUGUGGUAUGUCAAAGGUUGAGGUGAACAAUUAGUUCUUGUUGGACUGCAGCUCAUGGUCUUUCUUGGGGGCUUUGCUAUUGCUUGCUUUAUGGGUGGAAGGUGCUGAUGCUUUUUUUGUGCUGAAGUAAAUGGGGGAGGGGAGGGUCAUUGCUCUGCUACUGCUUCUGUGUGGGGGAGUACGAGAGGGCUUUGGGGUUGUAAUGUUUUUAAUUGUCACUCAUUAUUUGGGCACUCUUCUGUUUAUGUGGAUGUCUGUGAAGAACAAGAAUUUCUGGUUUAUGCAUUCUCUGAUAUUAAAUUGAACUACUGAACUAUUGAAAUUAGACCUUAUCAACAUCUUAUACAACUUUAACAUACAGUGUUACUCCAUGGUAGGAUUUUUCCAGCAAAGAGGUAGCCAUUGUCGGAGGGAAGAGCACAUCAUUAGCCAACUGUUCUUUGCAAUCAUAGAAAGUUAAUCACACAAAGCAGCCAUUUCAUUCCCUGAGUCUAUGCUUGCAAAAAUCAACAGCAAUUAUAAAUAAUAAUUCAACUAAUUCCAUUCUAAAGGCUUUAACAUUUAACAUGCUUGAUGAUCGUUAUAAAGAUGAGAUGGUAAACAAUGGUCUGUAUUCAAUACUUAGCAUGUGCUUUGAUAUUUUUAAUCAUUUCCCCUAAUCCACCUUGUCACUAUUUACCACACAGCCACUCCUAUUGUUUAUUUAUGAUUUACAACCACCUUAUUCUUUAACUGACUAGACAAGAAUCACUGGAACAGAGUGAAGAGUUUUGAGAGGUUGGUGUUGAGACAGAUUGACAACAGCAUCUCCACCACGAUCUCCAUCAGCACAGGUCCAUCACAGGGCGGUGUGCUUAGCCCCCUGGUCUGCUUGCUUUAUUGAUUGUGUGGCUAAGCACAGCUCCAAAGCCAUAUUCAAGUUUGCUGAUGACACCACUGUUGUUGGCCGAAUUGAAGGAGGUGACAAAUCAGCAUGUUGGAGGGAGUUGGAAAAUCUGGCUGAGUGGUGCCACAACAACGACCUCUUAUUCGGUGUCAGCAAGACCAAGGAUCUGACUAUUGACUUCAGGAGAAGAGAACCAUUGGUCAUGAUCUCCAUCAGCACAGAUGCUCCACAACGCUGUGUGCUUAGUCCCCUGCUCUACUCACUUUACUCUUAUGACAGUGUUGCUAAGCAACAGCUCCGAUGCCAUGUUCAAGUUUGCUGAGGACACCACUAUUGUAAUCGCAAUCAAAGGUAGUGAUAAACUAGCAUAUAGGAAGAGAUUGAAAAUCAGGCUGAGUGGCGUCAUAACAACAUCCUCUUACUUAUUGUUAGCAAAACCAAGCAGCUGAUUAUAGACUUCACUAGAAGGAAACCAGAGGUCCAUGAGCCAGUCCUCAUUGGUAGAUCAAAGGUGGAGAGGGUCAGCAACUUUAAAUGGUGUUACCAUUUCAGAGAACCUGUCCUUCGCCCAACACACAAGUACAAUUAUGAAGAAAGCACAGCAGCACGUUUCUACUUCCUUAGGAGUUUGCUAAGAUUUGGCAUAAUAUCUACAACUUCGACUAACUUCUAUGUGUGGUGGAGAGUAUAUUGACUGGCUACACCACAGCCUGGUAUGGAAACACCAAUGUCCUUGAAUGGAAAAUCCUGCAAAUAUCUGGGAGUUCAGAUACAUAAUUCCCUGAAAUUGGUGUCACAGAUGGGCAGGGUUAUAAAGAAGGCUUUUGGCAUCCUUGCAUUCAUAAAUCAAAGUAUUAAGUAUCAGAGUUGGGAUGUUAUGGCAAGGUUGUAUAAGACAUUGGUGAGGCCAAGUUUGGAAUAUUGUGUGCAGUUCUGGUCACCUAACUAUAGGAAGGAUAUCAGUAAGAUUGAAAGAGUGCAGAGAAGAUUUACUACGAUGUUGCCAGGUCUUCAGGAGUUGAGUUACAGGGAAAGAUUGAACAGGUUAGGACUUUAUUCCUUGCAGCGUAGAAGAAUGAGGGGAGAUUUGAUAGAGGUUUAAAAAAUAGUGAGGGGUAUAGACAGACUAAAUGUGAGUAGGCUCUUUCCACUUAGAUUAGGAGAGAUAAACACGAGAGGACAUGGCUUUAGGGUGAAAGGGGAAAGGUUUAGGGGGAACUUCUUCACUCAGAGAGUGGUGGGAGUGUGGAACGAGCUGCCAUCUGACGUGGUAAAUGCAGGUUCACUCUUAAGUUUUAAGAAUAAAUUGGAUAGAUACAUAGAUGGGAGAGGUCUGGAGGCUUAUGGACUGGGUGCAGGUCAAUGGGACUAGCGGAAUAAAGUUUUGGCACAGACUAGAAGGGCCGAAUGGCCUGUUUUCUGUGCUGUAGUGUUCUAUGGUUCUAUGGUUCUAAUAGUCCAUCAUGGGUAAAGCCCUCUUCACCAUUGAGCGCAUCUACACAAGCGUUGUCGCAGAAAAACAAUAUCCAUCAUCAGGGACCCCAACCACCCAGGUCAUGCUUUCUUCUCACUUCAUCAGGAAGAAGGUAACAGGAGCCUCAGGACUCACACCACCAGGUUCAACUACUCAACUGUCAGGCUCCUGAAUCAAAGAGAGGAUAACUUUACUCAACUUCACUUGCCCUAUCAUUGAAAUGUUCCCACAAUCUAUGAACUCACUUUCAAGGACUCUUCACCUCAUGUUCUCAAUAUUUAUUGCUCACUGAUUAUUAUUAGCUGAGGUUCAGGCAUAGCAAAGCACACUCAUUUCUCAUUUGCUAGGAACUUUCAUUCUAUUCUAUUGGUGUUUAGUAUUGUGGCUUUCUAAAGAUAUACAUAGAUAUUACUGUGUAGCCCUAAUUGUUUAAUGCUAUUAUGUAGUGACUUUGGGAUGACACCAGUUGUAGAUACUACUGUUGGGACAAUGCAUGCCUUGUUCAUAUUCCAAAGUCUUUCAGUUUCAUCUUUAAAUUCAGCAUAUUUCUGGUGUUUUUCACUUAAUGAUUUCUGUAUGUUGUGUGUGUUUGGAAUGACGAUAUCUAUUUAAAUUUUAUUUUAUUGAGAUACAGCCCUUCCAGCCGCACUGCCCAGCAAUUCCCCAAUUUAAUCCUAGCCUAAUCACGGGACAGUUUACAAUGCUCAAUUUAAUCCUAGCCUAAUCACGAGACAGUUUACAAUGGUCAAUUCGUCUUUCAACCAGUAUGGCUUUGGACUUUGGGAGGAAACAGGAGCACCUGGAGGAAACUCACACUGUCACAGGGAGAAUGUACAACAUCUUUGGAGGCAGUGGCAGGAAUUGAGCCUGGAUCACCUGUACUGUAAAGAGUUGUGCUAACCACUAUGCUACCACGCUGCCUGUAGCUAUUAAUAUUAAUAUCUGUUAAUUAAGUUUUCUUUCUUGUUUAUCCUGUAUUAUUAUAUCUGGACAGUUAUUAUGGAUUGUCCUAUCUGCAAUAACUGAUCAGUCAUAAUAUAACUUAUGGGAUUCUAACUCUAAAACUGGAUCCGGUUUGUAUUUAUAGAAAGGUAUGAUUUCAUUUAGGAGUUUGUAUUUUAAAGUAAGAUUUUGGUGAAUGAUGUUUGCCACUUGAUUAUGCCGGUGUAAGUCAUCAGAUUGAGUUAAACUUCAACAGGAUCUUGUAAUGUGUUGGAUUGUUUCUGGUUAUAGUCUUGAAUUUGUUGGUCUUUUGUUAUAUAUUUUUGAUGAUUUUUUUUGUGUUAACCACCGGGUCCUGUAUUGCCACAAGGCUUCUGUUUCUGGGAAGAGGUCUCCAACUCUGAGCUAGACGUUUGACCCUUACUUGUUGACAUCUAGUCUGCUCAGAUUGUGGAGAUGUCUUCCAUAGAGGGUCAUGCUCUUCCAUUGGUUAACUUUUUCUUCAAUAGUGAUAAUGUCUUCAUUUUUCUGGGUUGUGCUCUCAUUUGUUUAAUGGUGUAUACGUCUUUUCAGAAUUGCAUAUAUUCACGUGGAGUACUGAAUCCUGUUUUUGCUGGUGAAAAUAUAUCUUUAGAAGUUUUAUCUGACUAUUGUGUAGAUUUUUAAUGCCUGUUAUCCCUUUACCCACUUCUGCACCUUUGUUGUGUUCAAUCACAUGGUAUUUGUCUCCAUCUGCUGGUUCCUCUCUGUAUCGCUAGUCAGUCACAUACAGAAUCUAAUGAUUCUUGAAAGAUCAUUGCUAAUUCUUCAACAACCUCUUCAGCUACUUCUUUCAGAACUCUUGGGUGUCAUCCAUCUGGUCCAGGUGACUUAUUUACUUUCAGACGUUUCAGCUUCCCAAGCCCCUUAGUAAUAGCAACUGUGUUUGCUUAUAUCCCCUGACACUCUCAAAAUUCCACCAUACUGCUAGUGUCUUCCACAGUGAAAACUGAUGCAAAAUACUUAUUCAGUUCAUCUACCAUUACCUUGUCCCCCCAUGACUACCUCUCCAGCACCCCAUUUUCCAGCGGUCUGAUAUCUACUCUCACUUCU